GAUUGUACCACUACACAAAUAGAUAUAGUAGUGUAUCUUGAGUGAGUGAGAGAGUAUUUCUUGAGUGAGAGAGAGAAGAUGGCUAUGGGAAGAGGCAGUGCGAUAGCUAUUGCUAUGAUGGUAGUGGCUAUGCUUAUGGUAUCUCAAGUGGCCGAAGCCGCCACCUACACGGUGGGUGGCGCCGGCGGCUGGACCUUCAACGUCGCCACUUGGCCCAAAGGCAAGCGCUUUAAGGCCGGCGACACCCUCGUGUUCAACUACAACUCGGCUAUUCACAACACCGUGCCGGUGGACAAGACCGGCUACCAAAGCUGCUCGGCCCCUUCGACCGCCAAAGCUUUUCAAACUGGGAAAGAUCAGAUUAAGCUCAAAAAGGGACAGAAUUACUUCAUCUGCAGUAUUCCUGGCCACUGCCAAUCUGGAAUGAAGAUUGCUGUCACUGCUGUGUGAUUUUGUUAUACAAUGUCAAAUUAAUCUCCCACUAUUUGAUGGAGAGGUAUUAAUAAAUUAUAAUGUAGUGUUUCACUAUAUAACUAAUUAUCAACUUUAGUUUUUUUUGAGUUAAUUUGAGUGGGAUUACUCUACUUAUAUAUUGUGUAUUCCCAUGGGAUACAUGCUUGUUGUUUAGUAGUACUUUUGAAUUUAUUGUUACCAUUGCUUUUUGGUGACAAUGGUUGAUGGUUAUUGCUAUGAUGUGUGUAAUAUGUACUAGCUUGCUUUUGUUUCCUAUUUCUAUAAGGUUUUAAAUAUAGCGCUUACUUUUUGUU